CAAAUUUCCAUUCAAUAAAGCGCGUUCGAAGAAAAGGGGUUGGAGUUUUAGAGAGGUGACAAACAAAACCACCAAGGAAACCUUCUCGUGUCGAGCGAGAACGGGUACUGACGCAUAAGCUUUGGCUAAGAUCGACGCCUGUUCUUCUCUGACACGAUCAUUCAGUUCCCGAUCCAUGGGAGCAUCGUUGUGAUCGAAGGGAUUUUUGGUUUUAUUGUCUGCUUCUCUGUAUCUGUUGAUGUAUCUUGCUGUUAUAGAAGAGAAGGAUCAGCUUGUGAAUGAGCCCCGCUCAUCUCUGGGAGUUCUCAAGCCAUUAAAUCUGCCGUUCCAACAGAAUUCCUGCUCUUUUUGUAUCCCCAGAGAUCGAUGGGAUAAGGAGUUCUCUGAGCUUGAGGGUGGAUAAUAAUUUUUUGUCAAAUUCCGAGAGAUUUUGGUAGAAUAUUUGGUUUGAGCUGAAUUCUUUAAAGAUGAGUUCUUCUCAAGGGUCCACACUGUCAACAAAUGUGGCUGGGUUUGUUGAUGGCUCAUCGGCGUGCAGAGAGGUUUCAUGCAUUGAUUAUUUGCCGGUUUAUGUUAAGGAGCUAAUAGCUGGUGGUGCUGCUGGAGCAUUUGCUAAAACAGCUGUUGCACCUUUAGAACGCGUUAAAAUCCUCUUGCAGACUAGGACUGAAGGGUUCCAAUCACUUGGGGUGUAUCAAUCCUUAAAGAAAGUUCUCAAGCAUGAAGGUUUUCUUGGAUUCUAUAAGGGAAAUGGAGCUAGUGUUCUUCGAAUUGUUCCUUAUGCAGCUUUACAUUUUAUGACUUAUGAGCAGUAUCGAUUGUGGAUCUUGAAUAACUAUCCGGCCUUAGGAUCAGGUUCUGUUGUAGAUCUCUUAGCUGGUUCUGUCGCUGGGGGAACAGCUGUUUUAUGCACUUAUCCUCUGGAUCUAGCUCGUACAAAGCUUGCUUAUCAGGCAAGCAGAUGUCAUGAAUAUUCUUUUAUAUUUUCUUUCUUCCCCUCAGAAUGAUUGGACUAGUGAAGUAGGUGACGGCUAAGCUAUGCUUUUACAAGGAUUUUUACUUCAAUGAUUUAUUAUUUCAUCUGUUUUCUAUUUUUAAUUAAUGUAGUGUUGUUGAUUGUUCAAUAGGUUGUGGAUCCUAGAGGAAAUUUAAGCUGUGGCAUGAAAAGUGCAUUUCGUCAACCAAUGUAUGAUGGCAUAAAAGAUGUACUGAUGACUGUCUACAGGGAAGGGGGAGUGCGUGCAUUAUAUCGAGGUGUAGGACCAACACUCACUGGGAUUCUACCUUAUGCUGGUCUGAAGUUCUAUAUUUAUGAGGAACUCAAGAGCCAUGUUCCUGAAGAGCACCAAAAAUCCAUUGUAAUGCGUCUUUCUUGUGGAGCUCUAGCUGGGUUGCUAGGUCAGACCUUCACAUACCCGCUUGAUGUUGUUAGGAGACAGAUGCAGGUUGAAAGUCUUCAACCCUCAGUUCAAGGUGAUACCAGAUACAGAAACACUUUGGAAGGACUAAACACUAUUGCCCGUAAUCAAGGAUGGAGACAGCUGUUUGCAGGCCUUAGCAUCAAUUACAUAAAGAUCGUUCCUUCGGUGGCAAUUGGUUUCACGGCAUAUGACAUUAUGAAAGGUUGGCUAAACAUUCCACCCCGACAGAAAUCUAAGUCAGCAUCCACCGGGACUUGAAAGGGGAGCUGAUCAAGGAUGCCCUUCUCAGUAUGCUCCGUUCAAAAUAUAUUUGGCUUCAGAUAAAUUAGUUCAACAUUAUCUCAAAUGACAAUUGCAAAUACAAAUCUUGUGUGGUAUAAAUUAAUUCUAUGAAGUGCUUUGUAGCUGCAAGUACAAUCAUGCUGGGAUCAACUUGCAGUUGCUAUUGUUGUUUGUGGCAUUUAUGUUUGUCGUCGUUAUCUUAAUCUUUAAUCUUAUAUAGGAUUUGAAUAUCUCUGUCAGUUAGACUUGUUCCACCUUCUUCAAUCUCUCCCUUCAAAUUCUUGGAAGUUCCCAUAUGGACAAUGUUUACUGCACUUUCUUGGUUUCUUACAAUCUUAUUUUGAAUUGUUUUGUCCUCUCCAUAUUUUCCACAUAAAGACGUGGGCAUCCUUUGAUUUUCCAAGCUCCCUUUUUUCCGUUCCUGCUCUAUAAAGAAGCGCAGUAGCCUAGUAUAUUCCCAAUACUUAGCAGCUGGACUUCAUCGCCUUCAGCAGGUCUUCACAGAAACAGAAAGAGGAAUAAGAGACCUUUUGGA